AUGUAUAUCCCAAACAUCGCCGUCGCCGCUCUGGCCCUCUUCAGCCCUUGGGAUAAAUCCAUCUGGACAGCCUCAGACGACACCGUCCGCGGCGGCAUCAGCCAAUCUUACUUCGACGUUCUCGAACCCCACACCCACGAAAACCCCUUCUCCCACACCAUCGCCAAGUUCUACGGGCACCUAGACUAUGAAACCCUAGGUGGUUCUGGCUUUGCCUCGCAGCGCACUAUCGACGGUAUUCCUGUCACUGACCUCACUGGCUACGACCGUCUUUUGCUCGAGAUUCCUUACUCUGAUGGGAAGAUUUACACUAUCAACAUCCGAGACUCGGGUGACCAGAAAGAUGGCAGUACUCUUAACUGGGCUUACGAUUUCCAGAUUCCUGCUACCAAGGUCUCUGAGGGAUUGAUUGAGCUUACUCAGGUUGUCAUCUAUUUCAAGGAUCUUGUGCCUACUGUUCGUGGUACUGUUCAGAAGGAUGCUAAGGCUCUUGAUCUUUCCAACAUUGUUGGCGCGAGCAUCAUGAUUCGCAGCUUUGAGACUGUGCAGCAGGGCGACUUUGAGCUCAGAAUCAAGUCCGUUACUGCUCUUGGACAGAAAUGCGAGGCUCCCAAGGUUGAGGUUUCUUGUGAGAGACUUUGUGGAAAGAAGAUUGAGAUUGCUCACUAA